AUGUGUUCCAUAGCGAUGCCAGCUGAGCUGCUUCUGGGGCAUAGCCCUCCAGUGUACAGCUCGUUGCUGUACAGUCCCUUAGUGGUAACAGCGCCGACGAUUACUAGCAGAUCGGUGCCACCCAGAAUAAGGCCGUGCUUGUCAUCCGGUUCCUUGGCUAUAGAUAGCAUUCGAAACAGCAGCGAUGGCGGGAGUAAUAAGCAGAAAAAAAGGGUUGUAUUCGCCGACGAUCGCGGCCGUCCUCUCACUCAGGUUCGAGUGAUGUCGGAACCCAGCAACGUGCCACCUUUGUGGAGUACAGCAUACCUGGCCGGAUUAACUGGACGGCUUUUAAAUUCGAAAAUCGAGAACGACCAGACGACAGAGCUGGUGUCACCUUGGCAGGUAACCUUCCCCCAACCAGCGAGCGAUUAUCUGACCUUUCGCCGGAAACUCGAUCAGGAGAACGUCAGCCUAGAGAAUGUGAUAGUUAGAGAAUCGGAACAGAGUCUAGUUGGCACCAUCAAGGUACGUAAUCUGGCUUACGACAAAGAAGUCGUGGUCAGGGCGAGCAACGAUUCUUGGAAGACACACGAGGACGUUCAUUGCACCUAUGUUGAACAACCUGGCUCUCCCGCACUGAUUCUGUAUGAUACCUUCCGGUUCCGGUUAACUCUGCCAGUGAAGUCCAACAUGAUAGAGUUCUGCGUGCGAUAUCGUACCGAUGGGAAGGAAUACUGGGACAACAAUGACGGAAAGAACUUCGUCGUUCGCAAAAAGUUGGAGCCACGAGCACCUGCCAAACGGUACGACAUCCUGACGACAACCUGCGACGGUUUCUCGAGCAACGGCAUGCGAGACAGUGUACCUCGAGUCGCAGACGCAACCAGGGCGAACGUGCGCACGUGGAGCGAGUUCGCCUCGUGGCAACACUUAACGAACGACGCCCCAUACUGGUGA